UAGGACUGCAACGUGCGCACUUUGCGACUGUACUGUCAAUGGCGAACGAUACGGCAACUUCCGCUAGCGGCAGCAGAGAGAAGAUGGCGGAGGGAGAUAAAAAUGCAGAGAAACUCAAGGAGAUGGCGAAUAAUUGUUUUAAAGAGAAAGACUAUGACAAUGCGAUCAAAUACUACACGGAGGCGUUGGAGCUCAACCCGGCCAGCGCCAUCUACUUCUCCAACCGCAGCCUGGCGUACCUGCGGACAGAAUGCUAUGGCUACGCCCUGGCCGACGCCACCAAGUGUCUGGAGAUCGACAAGAACUACAUCAAGGGCUACUACCGCAGAGCCACAUCCAACAUGUCCCUGGGAAAGUUCAAGGCUGCACUCAAAGACUACGAGACGGUAGUGCGGGUGCGACCCAACGAUAAGGACGCUAAGAUGAAAUACCAGGAGUGCAACAAGAUCGUGAAACAGAAAGCCUUCGAGAGAGCCAUCGCCAGUGACGAGAUCAAGAAAUCGGUCGUAGACUCCCUAGACAUCGAAAACAUGAUGAUCGAGGACGAGUACACAGGACCGAAGCUGGAAGAAGGGAAGGUGACGAUGACGUUCAUGAAAGAGAUGAUGGAGUGCUUCAAAGACCAGAAGAAACUGCACAGAAAGUGUGCCUAUCAGAUUCUGAUCCAAGUCAAAGAACUCUUAUCCAAACUGCCCAGUCUAAUUGAGAUCACAUUAAAAGAGACAGAGAAGAUUACCAUUUGUGGCGACACACACGGACAGUUCUACGACCUUCUGAACAUCUUUGAGCUGAACGGCUUACCCUCCGAGACCAACCCCUAUCUGUUUAAUGGAGACUUUGUGGACCGUGGUUCGUUCUCCCUAGAGGUCAUCCUGACUCUGUUUGGCUUCAAGCUGCUCCUCCCUGACUCCUUCUACCUGCUCAGAGGAAACCACGAGACUGACAACAUGAACCAGAUGUAUGGUUUUGAGGGGGAGGUGAAGGCCAAGUACACCACUCCAAUGUUUACGCUCUUCAGUGAGGUCUUCCAGUGGCUGCCUCUGGCACAGUGCAUCAACGGAAAAGUUCUGGUGAUGCACGGAGGGCUGUUCAGUGAGGACGGAGUGAUGCUGGAUGAUCUGAGGAAGAUCGACAGGAACAGACAGCCCCCAGACUCUGGUCCCAUGUGUGAUCUUCUCUGGUCUGACCCACAGCCACAGAAUGGGCGGUCUGUCUCUAAGCGAGGUGUGAGCUGUCAAUUUGGUCCUGACGUCACAGAGCGGUUCCUGGAACAGAACAACCUGGAUUACAUUGUCCGCAGCCACGAGGUCAAGGCCGAGGGUUAUGAGGUCACACACUCAGGGAAGUGCAUCACAGUCUUCUCAGCGCCCAACUACUGUGAUCAGAUGGCUAAUAAAGGAGCGUACAUCCACCUCAGGGGAUCAGACCUCAAACCAGAGUUUCACCAGUUCACUGCUGUGCCUCAUCCGAAUGUGAAGCCGAUGGCGUACGCGAACUCCCUGAUGCAGAUGGGGAUGAUGUAGAGGCCACGCCCACGACACUCAGCCUGACCCCUCCCUCCUGGCCGGCCACACCCACCAGUCCUUCCAGCACUUAGACAACAACAUGCCCUGGUCCACUGGUCCAUGGGAUCCCCCUCUCCCAGCAGUUCCCUACCCCCUCCCCUUGGCCUUAUUUCUUUGAUGUUUGUACAUCUGAAGGGUCAGCACUUUACAGAUCUGCAAACAUCAAAGGGGUUAGUGCCAAGCGGAAGGAAUGGGGAGCGAAUUGCGACCAGUUCCGAUAAUCCCUCUUGUUGCAUUCUGAGUAGACAACAUGGUGGUGUAAUGGUAGUUAAGGUGGAAAGAGAUAUAUUCGACCGGCACAGUCAAGAACUGGGUGUGUUCAUUUUUUUUUGUAUUGCUAAAACUGGAAAACUCAAUCUCUCCCAAAUAUCUGUCCAUAUUGGUCCCACACAUGGGUUUCAUUUCUGGCUAUUGAUGCGUUUCAUUCCCGGUAGUGAUUUAGAACUAUGAAUUAUACUGUAUUGUUAUAUAAGAACUGGAAUGAUCAGAACUGUCUGGUUUUACAAGAACACACGGCAGUGAAACUGUUCUGCUACUGUUGGUUGUUCUUCUUGGUCUACUGCACAGAUUAUAGCGUCUCUGGUUUUGGGGGGGGGGGCAGCAGAAUGUCUAUGCUAUAGUAUUGGUUCAUACAUCCUGUAAAAUAUAGUUUAAAGUUAAAUAUUUUUUACAGUAUGGCAAACGUAAGUUGUAGAAAAUGUAGCUAUGAUUCCAUCUUCAGGAGAAAACAAGGUGUUUUGGGAUGAACCUGGUUGUUUUGUCUACAGUCUCACUGCAUGGUGCUGUUCAUUACUGCUAGUCAGGUGUUUUAGACACGCAUGUAGGUUCCUUCACAUUCAACAUGUACAAAACUCAUCGUUGUGACGUUGCUGUUGUGCACUGCUGCGCCUCUCCUCUACCUGUUGGGGGCAGUGUUGCCGCUCUCCACGUCAACUCUUCAGUCUCCUGGCAGCACAACCGCUCUUCUCUCCCGACCUGCUUUGCUACAAUUCCAAGUCACUGGUGUGACGCUCCAACCCGCUCCACCGUUAGUUUUGUCCACCAGUGACUUUUGCCGUUGUGUGGAUGUAUAGCCCAGAAGUCCAGACAACAAGCCUCCUCUUCUCUCUCAAGCGCACAGCUGCAGUGUCCAAUAUUGGCCCUAAACUUUUUAGAUAAUGAUAUACACUGAAGUGUAUGUGUGUGUGUAUAUAUAUAUAUAUAUACUAUCAUUUAAAAUUAAUUCUGUGUACAUGCUUGGAGAAAAAAAAAGUUAUUGAAUAAAAAAAAAUCCAGUCCA